CACAAUCUACGGCGGUGGUUGACAUUUUCUUGAUCACUAAUUAUUCAAUUAAGACUAAAUUUAGAAAGUGUCAAAGUGUUGAAAAGUGACGCCAACAAAUACGGAUCCAAUGAGACGUACAGCAAACACACAUACACAAAAGAAUGGAUAUCCGUCUGUUUUUUAUCGAAACGGAAAUCGAAUGAAAAAUAGCUCAUUUCUAUAUAUUGGAUAUAUUGACAAUAAGGGUGUGGAUUUUUUUUGAAAAUUCUUUUUCGCGGGCACCAUUUUCAUUUUUUGGUAUUGUAGAAAAUCGAUAUAAAAACUGCCGAAUUUUUUAACAUUUCGGAUUUUUUUUCAAAAUUAAUUUGUUCAUAAUACAACGAAAAUUAUCAACCUUAGUGAUUCUAUCAGAUCAUCAUGGACAAUCGGUUAAUCUGUUUAAUUUUGGCCAUCCAAUUCACAAUAAUAUCAUCAUCGUCAUCAUCAACGAUAUUUGACGAAAAUAAAUUAGAGUUGGGAAAAAUAAUCAAAAAUUCGGCUAAAUAUUUGCUGAAAAAUCACGGCCAUCAACUAAAACAAUCCGGCCGAGCUACAACUACAUCACAGGUCAUCGAAUACAAUGCCCGUAACAUUGUUCUUAUGACAUUAUUGAAUUCAGUUUUAAUUUUGGGUGGUAUUCUUGGUUCGUUGAAUCGACCAGAUUUGCCAUUCAAUGUUUUGGGCUCCGGUAAUGGUGCUUCUUUACCAUUCAAAAGGAUCGAUCUAUUCAAAAAACGUUUAUGGCCAAAACGUACAAAUCACAAGCCCAACGUUAUCAUCGAUGAUCAAGCCGUUCAAAUGGAAGCACUUGUCAAAGAUUUAAUGAACAAAAAUAAACAUUUUGAGCCAUUAUCGAACGAUAUUUUUCCAAGAAUGUUGGAUACAAUAAAACGAAACGAUCGACGACGAUCGGACAAUUCAGAUUCAAUCGACACUGAAGAAGUCACGGAUAUUGAUCCAACAAAUUGUGCUCUGCUGAUUCAAUGCACGGAUGCGAAAGGCAAACCAUAUUAUCCAACGUUGAGUUCGUUGACUAAAACAGCCGUCCAACUGGUGAACACGAGCCACGAGAAUGACAAUGAAGCGAAAAAAUCUCCAUCCAAAAUAAAAACUAAAAAAUCGGGACGAUCCUUGAUCAGGAGACCGAAAAUGUUGUUGGAUCAAGUACAAGAAAUGAUUGAAAUUGAACAAAAAGCCAAAUGUCAAUGGAAAGAAUUGUGUCAGAUUGAAAUAAAGCCAUAAUAUGUUUUUGAAUUUUUUCUUUAAAAUAAAAAAUUUUUUUUA